AGAAGGAAAAUGUGCGUUAGCGUGUGGACUGAGGGAAGCCCCUAGUUAGCCAAGAGUGGAAAACAUGGAUGAUGAGGAGGUCGCCGAGAGUUGGGAAGAGGCCGCCGAUAGCGGGGAAAUGGAAAGGAGACUAGAGGAAAAGCUUCGAAUCAGUCAGAAAGAAAGACUUUCAAGUGGCAGUUCAAGCCGUUCUCCGAUGAGGACAGCGAUCGUAAUCCAGGAUGACUCCCUCCCCGCAGCACCCCCUCCUCAGAUUCGUAUUUUAAAGCGACCCUCCAGUAAUGGAUCUUUAGGAUCAUCUGUGACGCAGACUCGACCCUCCCCACAAGUAAAAUCCUUAGCUCAGCGAGAGGCAGAAUACGCAGAGGCCAGGAAGAGAAUCCUUGGUAGUGCUACUCCUGAUGACGCACCACAGGAGAGAUCCAAUUCAGACCGGUAAAAUACUGACACACUC